AUGGAUGGAGGGAACCACUCGGCAGUGUCUGAGAUUGUGCUUCUGGGACUCACCCAGUCCCGGGAGCUCCAGCUUCUCCUGCUGGUCAUCUCCUCUGUGCUCUACCUGGCAAGCAUGACCGGAAACACCCUCAUUGUGUUCUCUGUGAGCACUGACCCUCACCUCCACUCUCCCAUGUACUUCCUGCUGGCAGGCCUGUCCUUCAUUGACCUGGGGGCCUGCUCUGUCACUUCUCCCAAAAUGAUUUAUGAUCUGUUCAAAAAGCACAAAGUCAUCUCCUUUGGGGGCUGCAUCACCCAGAUCUUCUUCAUCCACGUCAUCGGUGGUGUUGAGAUGGUGCUCCUCAUGGCCAUGGCGUUUGACAGAUAUGUGGCCAUUUGCAAGCCCUUGCAUUACCUGAGCGUCAUGAGCCCAAGGAUGUGUGUUUUGUUUCUGGCAACUGCCUGGGCCCUGGGCAUUAUUCACUCCCUGUUCCAGUUGGCCUUUCUCAUUCCCUUACCCUUCUGUGGCCCUAAUGUAUUGGACAGCUUCUACUGUGACCUUCCCCGGCUCCUCCGGCUGGCUUGCACGGACACCUACAGGUUACAGUUCAUGGUGACUGUCAACAGUGGAUUCAUCUGUGUGGGCUCUUUCUUUGUGCUCCUCAUCUCCUACGUCUUCAUCUUCUUCAGUGUUUGGAAACACUCAUCAGGGGCUUCAUCCAAGGCCCUCUCUACUCUUUCCGCUCAUAUCACUGUGGUGAUUUUCUUUGGUCCAACCCUGUUUGUUUAUACCUGGCCACACCCUAAUUCACAGAUGGACAAGUAUCUUGCUCUCUCUGAUGCUGUUCUCACUCCCUUUCUAAAUCCAGUCAUCUACACAUUCAGGAACAAGGAAAUGAAGGCAGCAAUGAAGCGAGUUUUCAAAGCAGUAAUGACUUUAGAAAAAUACUAUAAUAUUUCCAGACCUGAUAAUUGUGUGUUCUGCAAUUGA